AAAGACAGAGGAGGCUUGUUUUGCGUGUGGGUGAGUUGUGAGGCUGCGUCGGCAAAUAAUGUUGAGUGGUGGUGGUGGCUGCUCUCGUCUUUCCACUCGACUUCGAGACUCCAACAUCAACCGGCUCCACCUCAACCUCCACCGCCCGCAGCUUGGCUUCGGCUUCGGCUUCGUCUUUGUCUUGGGCUUAGGGUCUUACAACACCAGAAUCGCCCACCGCCGCCGCUGCCCCUGCCCUCCACCUCUCAAACCCCUAUCCUUAUCGUCUGCCGUCCCUCACUCUCACUCUCACACACAGACUCACACAAGGGGGUUUCCUUUUUCCUCCAUCCUUCCUUGUUCUAAGUUGUCCUCCUCCAACAUUACCGCCCUCUCCCAUUGUUUUAGCCAACGAGAAGAUGAACGCGAGCUUCCCCACGAAGGAUUGCCCUCUGUCGCAGGAGGAAUAGUCGCACUGGGAAAAUUCGAUGCCCUUCACAUUGGUCAUCGAGAACUUGCGAUUCAAGCAUCCAAAGUCGGACCUCCGUUCCUUUUGUCAUUUGUUGGAAUGGCUGAAGUACUGGGUUGGGAACCAAGAGCUCCCAUAGUUGCGAAAUGUGAUCGCAAACGGGUUCUUUCCUCUUGGGCCCCGUACUGUGGUGACAUGGCACCUGCAGAGUUUCAGAUUGAAUUUUCAAGUGUUCGACGUCUAACACCAAGGCAAUUUGUUGAGAAAUUAGUGAAAGAGCUUGGAGUGCGUGGGGUUGUUGCAGGUGAAAACUACCGAUUUGGAUACAAAGCUGCGGGUGAUGCGACAGAGCUGGUGAGGUUGUGUGAAGAGUAUGGCAUUGAGGCAUAUAUCAUAAAUUCUGUUAUGGACAAGAACGAAUACUCCAUAAAUAUACAGUCGAGUGAUUUGAAAGACAGAGGACAAGUCUCCUCUACUCGCGUUCGCCGUGCCCUAGCUGUGGGAGAUAUGAAGUAUGUCUCACAACUGUUGGGUCGGCAGCAUCGUCUGAUAAUGAGUACUGCAAAGGACCAGGAAGGAUUUGCUGGCAGCAAACACAAGUUGUCAGUUCCAAAGUCUGGUUUGUUAAAUCUGGCUCCAAAGGAGGGUCUAUACGAGAAGUGUUAUCUUUGUAGUGGGGAGGAUGAUGACCUAGCAUCAUCCUGCAGGGUGGUGGUUGACACGGGGUACGUCCAUAUAGAAAUGGAUGAUGAGGUAGACGUAGGCGUAUGUAAUAGAGUUGGUACACAGGACUUGAGGCUCUUACGUAUUGAAUUUGGUGAUUCGCAAUCUUGAGUAUGUUUAAAUGAUUUGAUUUUCA